AUGGGUUCCUACGCCGAGUCCUGGUUAAAGGUUGAAGAAAGCCUAGGCGGUGCUCGGCCAGUGCUCAAAGGCAACGCCGAGGAGAUGCGAGCCCAAUUCGGCGGUCUAGUCUCGGCGCUCGCACCGCAGUAUCCACCGCACUCCGGAACCACCGAAUCGAACGACGGCGUCAUCGGGGAUGUCAAAUAUCGCAUCUACACGUCCAAGGCCGCCGACUCCGAUGCUCCAAGGCCCUUGGGUAUCUAUUACCAUCCUGGCGGCUUCGUCAUUGGCGUGUCCGAGGCGGACGACUUUCUCUGCCGCACCAUUGCGGAGAGGACGGGGGCUAUUAUUGUUUGCUCGCAGUAUCGGCUGUCGCCAGAGCAUAAGGCGCCGGCUCAUCUUCAGGAUGCAGUGCGUGCGUUCGAAUAUUUCUACCAAAAUGCCGACAAGGUCGGGGGCGAUGCCAACAAGAUGUUCACCGUCGGCAUCUCAGCUGGCGCAGGACUCUCCCUUGCCGUCGCGAGACAAGUUGUGCUUGGUAAAACCUCCGCCGACAAGAGCGCCAUCAAGGGCGUCGUGUCCUUCUGCCCAUACACCCUCCACCCAGACAACGUCUCCGAAUCCUACAAGGCCACUUACACGUCAUACACUGAAAAUAAAGAAAACGUACCCAUCAUAGAAGCAGCGACAAUGCAUCGGUUCCUGGAGUAUGCCGCCCUCGAGCCCAGCGACGAUGAUUACUUCGUGGCGCUGAACCAGCACGAUCACAAGUCGUUCCCGCCCACGUAUAUCGCGACGUGCGAGAAGGAUCCGCUCCGAGAUGAUGGGCGGGUCAUGGUGGAGUCGCUGAAGGCAUCUGGUGUGCCUGUUAGGACGGAUCACUAUGCCGGACUACCUCAUUGCUUUUGGGUGUUCCCGUCACUGCCGGAGUCACAAGUCUUUCUGGAGAAUGCGAUAGACGCAGUAAAGUGGGUGAUAAGCCAGGUUUAA